AUGUCGUACAGCGUGAGCGCGGCGACGCUCGCUCCCGUCAGCGCUUCCAUCUCGACACCCGCCUUGGCGUCAUCGGUCGCGACGGUGCAGAAGCAGUACAGCACGCUACACCCACCACGCGCACGGCUCGGCGGCGGUGGCGGACUCGUGCGCUUCCGCAGCACGACGCGGUGUGGGAGGGAGGAGGUGCGGCUGAGUCCCGCUACAACGCGCCGCCUAAACGUGAAGGAGCACUUCUGA